GUGCCAGUUGUAGGGCGUCUUUCCUGUACACAUCAGGUACACACACACACAGUAAUAUGUUUGCAUAAUAGCCUAAUGUCUCGCAUUUCGUUCACAAUCACAAAGGUUUGUUCACAGAUUUAAAAGUCGCAAUGUAUUCCUGGGCCAUGCGCCAGCAAGCGCAACAGGGGCGACAGCGUUCCAAAGCAGGUGAAGACUUGUUCAACUAAAUCAGGAAGAAGACAUCAAGGAACGCUAACUGAUUGACGCUGGCAAGGAACUUCCGCGAUUGUCUGAACGGAAUUUAGCAUGAGUGGAUUUGGCAGAGCGCGUCCAUGAGGGAAUGUGGCUUGAAAUUCAGUCAACCAUCAAAUCCAACUGUCAUGUCGAGUGACAUAUUUCAGGAUUUUUUUCCCGACAAUGCAUGUUAUUGUGGACUGUAUGUGACAAAUGGUCUUCCGCUUUAAUCUGGGUAUAGACCAGUCUACUGUAACUACAACAACGCUACACCGACAAAAAUUGGCAAAGCAGAAACAGACUGACACGGAUACUGCCUGUGAAUAUUUACUGUGGGUGAUGUGUUCUUCUGUGACCAGUGGUGAAGGUUUAACAUCAUCAUCAUCAUCAUCAUCACAUCAUCAUCAUGGCACCACAUCCAGUGGUCCAGGCCAUCAUAGACCUCUCAGCUGGAGCGAUAGGUGGGACAGCCUGUGUGUUCAGUGGCCAGCCAUUUGACACAGCCAAGGUGAAAAUGCAGACCUUCCCUUCCAUGUACCGAGGCUUCCUCCACUGCUUCAUGUCCACCUACAGACAGGUGGGUCUGAGAGGGCUUUACCAAGGAGCCACCCCAGCCCUCAUAGCCAACGUCGCAGAGAACGCUGUCCUCUUCAUGAGCUAUGGUUUCUGCCAGGACGUAUUGCGGCGAAUCACCGGCAUGGACAGAGCCGUAGAACUCAGUGACCUCCAGAAGGCGUGGUCAGGCUCCCUAGCCUCCAUCUUCUCAUCCCUGGCUCUCUGUCCCACGGAGCUGGUCAAGUGUCGUCUGCAGGCCAUGCAUGAGAUGGAGGCCUCCGGCAAGAUACCUGCAGGGCAGAAGAGUUCGGUGUGGUCCGUGGUUCGGACUGUGUUGAGGAAGGACGGUCCUCUUGGGUUCUACCAGGGUUUGACUACAACCAUCGUCAGGGAGGUGCCCGGGUAUUUCUGCUUCUUCGGAGCCUACGAGCUAUGUCGCACAACAUUCGCUCAGCAUCUGAGCACUGAAAAGGAUGGUAUAGGCUUGGUCCCUCUGAUGUUCAGUGGUGGGUUUGGGGGAGCAUGCCUGUGGCUGGUGAUCUAUCCCAUAGACUGUGUGAAGUCCAGGAUCCAGGUCCACUCCCUAGCAGGCAGACAGCAAGGCUUCAUCAAGACCUUAAUGGGGAUCAUACGCACUGAAGGAGUGGCUCCUCUCUACUCAGGCCUCACCCCCACCAUGAUUAGAACCUUCCCUGCCAACGGAGCUCUCUUCUUGGCCUAUGAGCUCAGUCGGAAGGCGAUGAUGAAGAAGUUUGGAGACGUCUGAUUGGCUGAACCCUCUCCUCACAACGGACGCUUCCUGUUUCCUCAAUGCCUGCACUUUGUUGGCAUCCCAAAUGGCACCCUAUUUGCACCCUAUUUUUUUAAAUAUUAUUUUAAAGUAUGAAUGUGAUUUUUUUGUAUAAAUAUGCUUUUUUGUUGUUGUUGUUCUAACUAUUGAAUAUGCAAGGAUAAUGCCUACAUUUGUUAAGCAGGUCACAGUUAUUUGGGAAUGUGGAGUGUGUGUGGCGUUCUUUUAUGCAACUGUAAAAAUAAAAAUAAAGUCAACACACUAUAUUGAAUGGCGAACCCUAA